CUGCAUUUUCACAAGUUACUUAUUCGAGAGAUUGGAAUUGUGAUUCGGAUAUCAUCAAGCUAUGGUGAAGGACACCACGUACUACGAUACAUUAGGCGUCGACGUUGAUGCCUCCUCUGCUGAGAUCAAGAAGGCCUACUAUAUCAAGGCAAGGAUAGUUCACCCUGAUAAGAAUCCUGGGGAUCCCACAGCUGCCAAGAAUUUUCAGCAACUUGGUGAGGCGUACCAGGUCUUAAGUGAUCCUACAAAGCGUGAAGCAUAUGAUAAGCACGGAAAGUCAGGAGUACCACAAGAAUCCAUGUUAGACCCUACAGCCGUAUUUGGGAUGCUGUUUGGGAGUGAAUGUUUUGAGGAAUAUAUAGGGCAACUUGCAUUGGCUUCUCUAGCAUCCAUAGAAGUUGAGGAAGACCUACAAGACCCUGAAGUUCGUAAGCUAAUAAUUCAAGAGAAGAUAAAAGCAUGGCAGAAAGAUAGGGAAGAAAAACUUAUAACCGCUCUUAUACAUCACCUCCAACCCUUUGUCGAUGGUAAAACAGAAGAAUUUACAACAUGGGCAAAUUCAGAAGCAGCCCAACUUUCACAAGCCGCUUUUGGAGAGGCCAUGCUACACACAAUUGGGUAUAUUUACACGCGAAAAGCUGCAAAAGAAAUUGGAAAGGAUAACCGAUAUAUGAGAGUACCUUUUUUAGCAGAGUGGGUAAGAGACAAAGGACACAAGAUCAAGUCACAAGUCAUGGCUGCUUCAGGUGCUGUGAACUUGAUUCAAAUCCAAGAAGAGCUGAAGAGGCUAAACCAAGGAGGAGAAAACAAAGACGAAAACUUGGAGAAAGCGAUAGAAGAUAAGAAGGAUGCCAUGAUUCAUUCCCUUUGGCAGAUCAAUGUGGUUGAUAUUGAAACAACUCUCUCACAUGUCUGCCUAGCUGUUCUUAAAGAUCCUAGUGCCAGCAGAGAUGUUUUAAGGCUACGGGCUAGAGGGUUGAAAAAGUUAGGAACCAUUUUCCAAGGUGCUAAGGCUGCAUACGCAAGAGAAAACAGUCUACGCAAUGAAGCUGUCCAAAAGAACCAAAGUGACCAAAAACCAGAGGGUGCUUCUUCAUCAUAGUUAUCUCUCCAUGGUAGGAGUCUGGCAGUCUCUAUGAGUUUAUUACAUUGACAUGUUGUGAAUUCUUUCGUUAGUUAUUCUAUUGGACGAUGAAACAUGUUAUUCCUAGGGGAAAUUCCACAAAUAUAUAUACAAUUCGACACGUACAUGGGACUAAUCUCUUAUGU